AGCCCGCCCCGGGCCGGCGAGCGCUGGUCACCGAGGCCCAGGCCGCCGCCGCGGUGCGUUCUUGAAAUCAUGAAUCCUGUUUACAGCCCGGGUUCUUCUGCGGUUCCCUAUGCAAACGCCAAAGAAAUUGGAUUUCCAGCUGGUUUCCCCAUGCGUUACGCAGCAUCUCCUGCCUAUUCCCCCAACACGUACCCUGGAUCGAAUCCUACCUUCCAAACAGGUUACACUCCUGGCACACCUUACAAAGUGUCCUGUUCCUCCACCAGCGGGGCGGUGCCACCGUACUCCUCCUCCCCCAACCCCUACCAGACCGCUGGACACCCCUUGCGAAGUGCCUACCCCCAGCAGAGCGCGCACGCACAGCAAGGCACGUACUACCCCCAGCCCCUGUAUGCAGUACCCCCUCACGUCAUCCACCACACCACAGUGGUGCAGCCCAACGGCAUGCUAGCGACGGUGUCCCCUGCUCCCAUCCCUCUGCCUAGAGGCAACGGGGUCACCAUGGGCACGGUGGCGGGGACCAUUAUAGCCAUGUCAGCAGGUACCCUGCUGACUGCCGCCCACUCCCCAACUCCUGUCGCCCCCCACCCCGUCACUGUGCCCACUUAUCGGGCCCCAGGAACACCCACCUACAGCUAUGUGCCCCCUCAGUGGUGAUCACCCUGCAAAGGUUUGAGGAUGGAGCUGUGCAGUCACGUCGUGGAGGUUCCACAGCUGGUGCUGCAGGCCUUGGGCCUCCAACCAGGACUUUGUUCUUAAUGCUCUCAACACUUAGCUAAACACUACUACGGCCGGCCCAGCAGGUCCCAGCGCCCUCAGUCUCCAACUGACUCUGUGGGUUGGUCUUAAAACAAAUCCUAUUUGGUGGGCUGCCAGGCAAUUUUUUAGCUAACUGUAAUGGUAAAAA